CAGAAUAAAGCAAUACACAAAAAAGAUGCUAGAGGCUCGGCCGCGGUGGUCCGGUUUGGCGCCGAUGGUGAUACAAGAGUCUCUAGCACAAAAAAAGAUGCUAGAGGCUUGACCGCGGCUCUGCCGCGGUUAGUCGCUAGCACGACUAACAUGCAGAUUAGAGUAAUGCACAAAAAAGAUGCUAGAGGCUAACACGCAGAAUAAAGCAAUACACAAAAAAGAUGCUAGAGGCUCGGCCGCGGUGGUCCGGUUUGGCGCCGAUGGUGAUACAAGAGUCUCUAGCACAAAAAAAGAUGCUAGAGGCUUGACCGCGGCUCUGCCGCGGUUAGUCGCUAGCACGACUAACAUGCAGAUUAGAGUAAUGCACAAAAAAGAUGCUAGAGGCUAACAUGCAGAAUAAAGCAAUACACAAAAAAGAUGCUAGAGGCUCGGCCGCGGUGGUCCGGUUUGGCGCCGAUGGUGAUACAAGAGUCUCUAGCACAAAAAAAGAUGCUAGAGGCUUGACCGCGGCUCUGCCGCGGUUAGUCGCUAGCACGACUAACAUGCAGAUUAGAGUAAUGCACAAAAAAGAUGCUAGAGGCUAACAUGCAGAAUAAAGCAAUACACAAAAAAGAUGCUAGAGGCUCGGCCGCGGUGGUCCGGUUUGGCGCCGAUGGUGAUACAAGAGUCUCUAGCACAAAAAAAGAUGCUAGAGGCUUGACCGCGGCUCUGCCGCGGUUAGUCGCUAGCAUGACUAACAUGCAGAUUAGAGUAAUGCACAAAAAAGAUGCUAGAGGCUAACAUGCACAUUAAAGCAAUACACAAAAAAGAUGCUAGAGGCUCGGCCGCGGUGGUCUGGUUUGGCGCCGACGGUGAUACAAGAGUCUCUAGCACAAAAAAAGAUGCUAGAGGCUUGACCGCGGCUCUGCCGCGGUUAGUCGCUAGCAUGACUAACAUGCAGAUUAGAGUAAUGCACAAAAAAGAUGCUAGAGGCUAACAUGCAGAAUAAAGCAAUACACAAAAAAAAUGCUAGAGGCUUGACCGCGGCUCUGCCUCGGUUAGUCGCUAGCAUGAGUAACAUGCAGAUUAAAGCAAUAUACAAAAAAGAUGCUAGAGGCUCGGCCACGGUACUCCAAGACGGCGGCCAUGAUGGCGGCCACUGUGGCAAGAGUCUCUAGCAUAGCUGAAAUACAGACUAAACAAAUCUGCAAAGAAGACGCUACAGACUCGGCCGUGGUACUCCAUGACGGUGAACACGGUGACUUGAGUCUCUAGCAUGACUGACAUACUGACUAAAAAGAUCUGCCAAGAAGACGCUACAGGCUCGGCCGUGGUACCCCAUGACGGUGACCACGGUGACUUGAGUCUCUAGCAUGACUGAAAUACUGACUAAAAAGAUCUGCCAAGAAGACGCUUCAGGCUCAGCCGUGGUAGUCCAUCACGGCGAACACGGUGACUUGAGUCUCUAGCAUGACUGACAUACUGACUAAAAAGAUCUGCAAAGAAGACGCUACAGACUCGGCCGUGGUACCCCAUGACGGUGACCACGGUGACUUGAGUCUCUAGCAUGACUGACAUACUGACUAAAAAGAUCUGCAAAGAAGACGCUACAGACUCGGCCGUGGUACUCCAUGACGGUGACCAUGGUGACUUGAGUCUCUAGCAUGACUGACAUACUGACUAAAAAGAUCUGCCAAGAAGACGCUACAGGCUCGGCCGUGGUACCCCAUGACGGUGACCACGGUGACUUGAGUCUCUAGCAUGACUGACAUACUGACUAAAAAGAUCUGCCAAGAAGACGCUACAGGCUCGGCCGUGGUACCCCAUGACGGUGACCACGGUGACUUGAGUCUCUAGCAUGACUGACAUACUGACUAAAAAGAUCUGCCAAGAAGACGCUACAGGCUCGGCCGUGGUACCCCAUGACGGUGACCACGGUGACUUGAGUCUCUAGCAUGACUGACAUACUGACUAAAAAGAUCUGCCAAGAAGACGCUACAGGCUCGGCCGAGGUACCCCAUGACGGUGACCACGGUGACUUGAGUCUCUAGCAUGACUGACAUACUGACUAAAAAGAUCUGCCAAGAAGACGCUACAGGCUCGGCUGUGGUACCCCAUGACGGUGACCACGGUGACUUGAGUCUCUAGCAUGACUGACAUACUGACUAAAAAGAUCUGCCAAGAAGACGCUACAGGCUCGGCCGUGGUACCCCAUGACGGUGACCACGGUGACUUGAGUCUCUAGCAUGACUGAAAUACUGACUAAAAAGAUCUGCCAAGAAGACGCUACAGGCUCGGCCGUGGUACCCCAUGACGGUGACCACGGUGACUUGAGUCUCUAGCAUGACUGACAUACUGACUAAAAAGAUCUGCCAAGAAGACGCUACAGGCUCGGCCGUGGUACCCCAUGACUGUGACCACGGUGACUUGAGUCUCUAGCAUGACUGACAUACUGACUAAAAAGAUCUGCCAAGAAGACGCUUCAGGCUCGGCCGUGGUACUCCAUGACGGUGACCACGGUGACUUGAGUCUCUAGCAUGACUGACAUACUGACUAAAAAGAUCUGCCAAGAAGACGCUACAGGCUCGGCCGUGGUACCCCAUGACGGUGACCACGGUGACUUGAGUCUCUAGCAUGACUGACAUGCUGACUAAAAAGAUCUGCCAAGAAGACGCUACAGGCUCGGCCGUGGUACCCCAUGACGGUGACCACGGUGACUUGAGUCUCUAGCAUGACUGACAUGCUGACUAAAAAGAUCUGCCAAGAAGACGCUACAGGCUCGGCCGUGGUACCCCAUGACGGUGACCACGGUGACUUGAGUCUCUAGCAUGACUGACAUACUGACUAAAAAGAUCUGCCAAGAAGACGCUACAGGCUCGGCCGUGGUACCCCAUGACGGUGACCACGGUGACUUGAGUCUCUAGCAUGACUGACAUGCUGACUAAAAAGAUCUGCCAAGAAGACGCUACAGGCUCGGCCGUGGUACCCCAUGACGGUGACCACGGUGACUUGAGUCUCUAGCAUGACUGACAUACUGACUAAAAAGAUCUGCCAAGAAGACGCUACAGGCUCGGCCGUGGUACCCCAUGACGGUGACCACGGUGACUUGAGUCUCUAGCAUGACUGACAUACUGACUAAAAAGAUCUGCCAAGAAGACGCUACAGGCUCGGCUGUGGUACCCCAUGACGGUGACCACGGUGACUUGAGUCUCUAGCAUGACUGACAUAUUGACUAAAAAGAUCUGCCAAGAAGACGCUACAGGCUCGGCUGUGGUACCCCAUGACGGUGACCACGGUGACUUGAGUCUCUAGCAUGACUGACAUACUGACUAAAAAGAUCUGCCAAGAAGACGCUACAGGCUCGGCCGUGGUACCCCACGACGGUGACCACGGUGACUUGAGUCUCUAGCAUGACUGACAUACUGACUAAAAAGAUCUGCCAAGAAGACGCUACAGGCUCGGCUGUGGUACCCCAUGACGGUGACCACGGUGACUUGAGUCUCUAGCAUGACUGACAUACUGACUAAAAAGAUCUGCCAAGAAGACGCUACAGGCUCGGCUGUGGUACCCCACGACGGUGACCACGGUGACUUGAGUCUCUAGCAUGACUGACAUACUGACUAAAAAGAUCUGCCAAGAAGACGCUACAGGCUCGGCCGUGGUACCCCAUGACGGUGACCACGGUGACUUGAGUCUCUAGCAUGACUGACAUACUGACUUAAAGAUCUGCGAAGACGCUACAGGAUCGACAGUGGGUGACCACAGCUGUUGGAGCCUCUGGUGCAACAAUAAUGAACGGUAUGUGGAAAAUCUGUCUAUCUGUCUGUCUGUCUGUCUGUCCGUCCGUCCGUCCGUCCGUCCGUCCGUCCGUCCGUCCGUCCGUCCGUCCAUCUAUCUAUCUAUCUAUCUAUCUAUCUAUCUAUCUAUCUAUCUAUCUAUCUAUCUAUCUAUCUAUCUAUCUAUCUAUCUAUCUAUCUGUCUGUCUGUCUGUCUGUCUUUCUUUCUGUCUGUCCAUUUAUCUAUCUAUCUAUCUGUCUGUCUGUCUGUCUGUCUGUCUGUCUGUCUGUCUGUCUGUCUGUCUGUCUGUCUUUAUGUCUGUCUGUCUGUCUGUCUGUCUGUCUGUCCGUCUUUAUGUCUGUCUGUCUGUCUGUCUGUCUGUCUUUCUUUCUUUCUUUCUUUCUGUCUGUCUUUCUGUCUGUCUGUCUAUCUGUCUGUCUGUCUGUCUGUCUGUCUGUCUGUCUGUCUGUCUUUACUUCUGUCUGUCUGUCUGUCUGUCUUUCUUUCUGUCUGUCUGUCUGUCUAUCUAUCCGUCUGUCCAUCUAUCUAUCUAUCUAUCUAUCUAUCUAUCUAUCUAUCUAUCUAUCUAUCUAUCUAUCUGUCUGUCUGUCUGUCUGUCUGUCUGUCUGUCUGUCUAUCUUUAUGUCUGUCUGUCUGUCUGUCUAUCUAUCCAUCUGUCCAUCUAUCUAUCUGUCUGUCUGUCUGUCUAUCUGUCUAUCUUUAUGUCUGUCUGUCUGUCUGUCUGUCUGUCUGUCUGUCUGUCUGUCUGUCUGUCUGUCUUUCUUUCUUUCUUUCUGUCUGUCUUUCUGUCUGUCUGUCUGUCUAUCUAUCUAUCUGUCUGUCUGUCUGUCUGUCUUUACUUCUGUCUGUCUGUCUGUCUGUCUUUCUUUCUGUCUGUCUGUCUGUCUAUCUAUCCGUCUGUCCAUCUAUCUAUCUAUCUGUCUGUCUGUCUGUCUGUCUAUCUUUAUGUCUGUCUGUCUGUCCAUCUAUCUAUCUGUCUGUCUGUCUGUCUGUCUGUCUGUCUGUCUAUCUAUCCAUCUGUCCAUCUCUCUAUCUGUCUGUCUUUCUUUCUGUCUGUCUGUCUGUCUUUCUGUCUGUCUGUCUGUUUGUCUAAACCAGUAUCCAAAGCAGUCAAAGACCGCGAUGUGAGGACAUCAACAGGAAAUAAAAACACAAGAAGUAAAGCGCUCUCAAUGUGAAUCAAACAACUGCUCGACUGAGGAGAUGAAGAGAAAAGUGCAGCUGCACAAUCCUAAAAUUUUGUUGUGUUUUGUAGAAGGUCGUCUGUCGGCUACACAACUCGGAGGCAAAUUGUAGGCAGUAUCACCAGGAGCAAAGAUUAAGUUCAACACAUCAUAAGAAGGUCACCUCAGUUUUAGUGGGAGCACUGGCUACAAACUUGGAAUUGAAGGCUUUGAUAAAAAUUACUUUGUGGCCUGCAAGACAUUACCAGAGCUAACCGGUGUGGCCGCAGCACAGAGUGACCAGAGGAGGAAGAGGCUCUUGGGUCAAAUCCGGUGUACUGGCUGUGGACAAAGUGUGUUUCUGAAGGGGGAUCACCGCUAACACGAUGUCAGAUGAAGAAGACAAUGCUGUUGAGUGCCUUCAACGUGAUGCCCAGCUGAUGCAUGACCAACGACCACCGGCAGAACCCGCUUAACCUCCGCCUAAUCUCCUUAAUCGUUUCAAUGUAUAUAUAAAUAUAUCUCCCAAGGGUUUUUCCCUCCUAGGACUUUUUUUACUUCCCCGGCUAAGCCUGGGGUUUUUUUUUCUCCUAGGGGGUUUUUCAACCCGGGGAGGCAGCCUUCUUGGGCUUAACUUAGCACCCUCUUCUUUACGUUACAUUAGCAAUACGCACGCUUAUAAUGUUGAUUCAUAGCCGCAGCAAAUUUAGCUGCUUGUGCUAUCGUGUAUUAUGUUGUGCUAUCUGUUGUUUUUCUGUGCUUUCCACUGCUUCUGUUAAUGUAAAGCUGCUUUGAAACAAUCCCCAAUUGUGAAAAGCGCUAUAUAAAUAAAAUUGAAUUGAAUUGAACUGUUGAUGAAGUGUCGGGUGGAUUGUGAGACCUUCAUCGUUCUUCAGCCAGGCGCUCCGCAAAUCUGUGUGCUAAGCUGCAGCUGCGACUGUGUGUGUGUUCGAGUUAUGCAGCGUUGAAUUGCUGUCUAACAGAAUGCCAUCGCUUACCUACAACCCCGAGACAGCAAAAUAAACACAUUUGAUGCCAAAUGUGAUCCCAAGAACAUAAUGUCUGGCUAUUUUUAACUUUUUAUGUGUUUAUUUUAUUAAUAAAACUCUUACAAACCUCGCAUUA